AUCACUGUAGCAGACCCAGUGAGAGUGAGUGCCGUUAAUUUUCUUCCCUUUCUCCAUCUGGUCCCUUCUCCACCAUCAAAGAAGAACCCAAAACCUCUUCUGUUAACUAUUUUUCUCUCUCUCCCAUCUCUUUCCGCCCAACCAAACAGGACAAAAUUAAAAUAUCUCAUUCCUCUAAACACCCACACAAAUUAACCACAAAACAAAACCCUCACUAACACAUCAUUUUCAUAAUUUCCACUCACAUCAAAUCACACUUACUCUCUCUCUCUCUCUCUCUCUCUCUCUCUCUCUCUCUCUCUCUCUCUCUCUUUCGCUCGCGAUGAAAUCAAAGACACAUACCGGAAACGGUUACGCGGCCGAGAAUGGCGGAGGUGGAGGUGGAAGCAGCAGCUCACCGAGUCCGCCGCUCUCUCCUCCUCGUCAUUCCGAUGUUUUACAUUUACGAAAGCGAUUACGGCGGACCAAGUCACUGUCGGCGCGGAGGAGUCUCCGGUACUUCUUCCUGCUUCCGGUGGUUUACAUCUCCGGUCUCUUGAUGUGCGUCGGACCUUUUCCUUUUACGUUCUCCUCUCUCAUUCGUCACGCUCCUCUUCCCGGUUCUCGUUACCGGAGUCACGAGCUUUUUCACAAGCUUUGGCAUGAAAUCGAUUCUGAUAAUUCAUCUUUCAUUGAGUUGUCUUCGGUGUGGAAAUACAAAAGGAAGUUCAGAGAAAAGAAGCCUUGUCCGAAUUUGACUGCUUUGCAUCAUCAACAUUUUGUGUCCCCUGGCCUGAAUGGUUUUUUGAUUGUCGAGGCCAAUGGUGGUCUGAAUCAGCAACGCUCUGCAAUUUGCAAUGCUGUGGCUGUUGCUGGACUCCUGAAUGCAAUUCUAGUUAUUCCUCAUUUUGAAUUUCACAAUGUGUGGAAAGAUCCAAGUGAAUUUGGGGAUAUAUAUGACGAGGAUCAUUUUAUAUCCACCCUUGAUGGUUAUGUGAAGGUAGUUAAAGAGCUUCCUGAGGCAAUAAUGGAGAGACAUAAUUACAACAUGAGUAAUAUAACUACCGUCAAAGUUGAAGCUUGGGCUCCUGUCAGUUAUUACACGGGAGCUGUUUAUCCUAUCUUGCAAAAGGAAGGGGUUCUUCGAAUAGCUCCAUUUGCUAAUCGUUUGGCAAUGAGUGUCCCUCCACAUGUUCAAUUUCUAAGAUGUCUUACUAAUUAUAAAGCAUUGAGGUUUUCUUCUUCAAUAUCAGCACUAGCUGAGAAUCUGGUUAACCGAAUGAUUGAGAAGAGCUCAAGGACAGAUGGAAAAUAUAUUGCCGUGCAUCUUCGCUUUGAGGAGGACAUGGUAGCAUUCUCCUGUUGUAUAUAUGACGGUGGAAAUGCAGAGAAGUUGGAAAUGGAUUUAGCUCGUGAAAAGGGGUGGAGAGGAAAGUUCAAAAGAAAAGAUCGUAUCGUUGUACCUGACCUAUAUCGAGUCAAUGGAAGAUGUCCACUUACCCCCCUAGAGGUCGGGAUGAUGCUACGUGGCAUGGGAUUCAAUAACAAUACCUCAAUAUAUUUAGCUUCUGGGAAAAUAUAUCAUGCCGAAAAAUAUUUGGCUCCUUUAAUAAAGAUGUUUCCAAAUCUGUAUACCAAGGAGUCUCUUGCAACACCAGACGAGCUUGCUCCUUUUAUGGGCUAUUCCUCCCAAUUGGCAGCACUGGAUUACACAGUAUGCUUGUUUAGUGAGGUUUUUGUUACAACUCAAGGUGGUAACUUUCCUCAUUUUCUAAUGGGCCAUAGAAGAUUCCUCUAUGAUGGGCAUGCCAAGACCAUUAUUCCAGAUAAACGCAAACUUGUUGUUCUUUUUGAAAACACAAGUAUCAGUUGGAAUGCUCUCAAGGACCAGAUGGAUGACAUGCUCGCUGAAAGUGACCGCAAAGGAAUCAUGGUCCCUAGAGUUAGAAAAAUCAACAGAAAAACUUCUGUCUACACUUACCCUUUACCAGAAUGUAGAUGCCUACAGCAGUCUCUUGUCAAUACAACAAUUGACCACAAUAUAGACAUUCCUGAUAAUUACAGCCGAACAAAAGCUUAAAUGGAUGAAUCUCUGCGUCAGAUUUAUAUUAUAUUUAACUCAACGGCUUCGGUGUUUCAACUCCAGUUUUAUGGCCUUUUGAAGUUGUUUUCUCAUGUCAAGAUAAGGCCAUCUGAUCGCGCAAGUAUAGAUUUCGACUUUUGUGUGAUUGGUUGCUUCGACUGAUUGAAGAUUUUGUGUGCAUAAUACUCUAUUCACUUAGUGAAACAGUUUUCUAGCAUCCAGUGUGAAGGUUGGAGUGGAAACACUGCAUCAACUUAGUUUUUCCAGGAAAGACGAGAAUAUAUUUUAUAUUCCUUUCUGAUCAAUGUCUUUCAAAUAGUAUUCCUUUUCUUUUACAUUUGAGGAGGGCUAGUAACACACUCUCUAGCAUACUCUUUUCAAGACCCAUUUUUCUAUUGGUUCAAAUUCUAAUGGAUUCCACAAGGAACCAUAUAAAAUUAUUGAGCCAUAUGAAUUUCAAUAGAUAAAAGAAUGUAUGUUGAAAAGAAUGUGUUAGAGAGUCCUAGCAUAAUUCCUUACAUUUUUUGGUUCCUGUGUAAAAUUCUUUGGCUAGAAAUAAGAGACUAGCCUAUAGAGUCAGCGAGUGUUAUUUGUUUUACCAA